AUGUCAACUUUGGACUUGCCAAAUCUAGCAGAUUUAUUGCAAUCAACAAAAGUCAAAGAUAGAAAUGAUGCAUUAACUCAAUUAGAAAUAGUAGCAGUAUCAAAUUAUAAAUUGUCACUGAAACAAUUACGUGAAUUAACAACCGCCAUUUUCAAUUUCAUAAAUCAUGACUCAAAAUUAUUCGUUAAUGGAAUAGCUAAUAACAGCUCAAAAAUUCAAUCCGUAGAGUCAAGAUUAAAUAGAGCCAGUUAUUAUUUAAGACUUUUGAUUGAAAAAUCCAUAAAUUACAAGUUGAAUGUAAAAUAUAAAGUAUAUUUAGACAUUUGCUUUAAAAUUAAAGAUUCAUUUUAUCUACAGAAUGAAUUAAUUGCUCCCUGCUCCGUUGACUUUGCAAUAAUAACUUCAACAAUAAUCAAUGUUAAAUAUGUGAGUGACCAUUUCACGAAUAAGGAUUGGUCAACUUUAUACUUUUUUAUAAUCGCAGUCAUUGAUCGAAUUUUGGAGGGUGGUAAAUUGAUGACCAAUAACGGAUUGAAUGAUAAAUUAUUAGUUGAGUUUUGGACAGCAUUGAAAUACUUACUACAAUGUGAUGAUUCGACUGCCCAUACUCAAUUGUUUGAAGAUGAAAAGUAUUUUAAAAUGUUGCCAUUGUUGGAUAAGACAAUCAAGUGUUUUAACAAGGAAAAUUUGCUUCAUAUCACACUAUUCGUUGUUAUAAAUAAACUCAUUACUUUACUAGCUACAACUGAUUUUAAAUAUGUCCAUAGGUUAAUUAAAUUAGGUCUCAAAAUGAUGGUCAUUUCACAUAAAACUCAUUGGGAAAAGCUUCAAGAUCAAUUUUUGAUUUUCAUAAAUUUAGGUUCUACUCAUAACUUCAUCAAUUUAGAUAACCUACCAAAAAUCGUUGGUGAUAAAGAAAUCGAAUUUACAACAGACAUAUUAGAUGAUUCUAUUGAAACACAACAUGAUGAAGAUGAUAAGGAUGUGGUACGCUAUAAUUUAGAAAUAUUAAUAGUUGAGUUGUUAAAAAGUCUACUGUCUAAUCUAACAUCAUUAUCCGUUGACCAUUUGGGACUUACAUUUUCCAAUAGCAACACAACAUGGUUUAAGUUGAAAUCAAUUUUUCUUAAGGGAAAAGAGUGUAGAAGUUGGUUAAAAUACUUGGGCAUAGCCAAACUUUUAAAUUCAUAUUUUGCUUUGAAGAAUAAAGACGUCCUUACAACAUCCCUGACUGAAUCGAGAGGAAGAAAAUCCAAAUUUGAUGUACUCAACAAUUAUUUGACAAUUUCAAGUGAUCCCCUAGAUUUUUGCAAUUUUUUGAUAAUUCAUAAAUCGUCCACUGAAAUUCAAGUCUUAGGGUUACAAUUGCUUGUGUUUUACCUCGAGAGUCACUCCAUUGAAAAAGAUAAGAUCAAUCAAAGAGAGCCUAAUGUUGAGACUGUUCAAUCAACCGAAGUUACGAAUACUACCUUUGAUUUCACGUUGACCAACAUCAUCGAUAAGGACGUGGAUUUGCAAACUGUUUUACAACAUUCAUUAGCGGUUGCAGAUAGUGAAGUUAGUAAAAAAUGGGUUUUGUUGUUGGGAAGAAGCAUAAUAUCCGAGAACUACAUUAAUUUGUUUAAAUCUACUGAUAAAAAUAACUUUUUAUGUCGAUUGUUAAAAAUUUCAUUAGUUGAACUCAACAAAGAAAAUUAUAAUAUCGCUUGCGAUUUGAUAUUUUUAAUCAUCAUGGAAUGCAAGUCAAACUUGAAUAAGAUUAUUGAUAAUUCAAUCAUUACUCAAAUUAUAACCAUUAUUGAUUUUGCAGAGGUCAGUGGUCCUUUAAACCUUUGUAACGAGAGCUUCAAGUUUUGGUAUGCUGUUAAUAAGAUUUUAAUUGAAUUAAAUGUGAAUAGGAGGAAUACUCUUUCGCAAAAAAUUGACGAUUGGAUAAUUGCAAAAUGGGAUGGUACAUUCAAACCUAGCUUUGAUAUUUUAUCUUCUGCAUGUCAUAUACCUGAAUUUUUGAAGUGGUUAUCAGGUAAUUCUUUCCAAUUUGACAACUUGUAUGAACAGUUUGAUUUAUAUGAUGACAUUUUUAAUUCACCAAUGUAUAUGCAAAAUCUAAAUAUUCAGUUGGAGUCAUUCAUAACAUUAGAAACACGCUUGAGUAAUGUUAAAUCUUUUUCAUACAUGAUAGAUUCGAUCACUCCCACCCAAACUUUCAAAUUUUACACACGUUUACAGGAAACUUUUCAGCUGAUGAACACGGGAAACAAACAGUACUAUAGUCUAUUAGAGUGGUUAAUUAUACUACUGGAGUUGGUGUCAAUCUUUAAUCAACCAUCACAGCUGGAUUUGGUUGAGAUCUUGAAAUAUCAAUUGCUAGUAGGUGUUGAAUCUUUCAUAACGCUAGAUUUGGAUUCCGAUGAGUCCUUACUGAUACUUAAUAUACUCACAAAAUCUUCCAAUAUUGUUAAAAAUUUUUUGAAGAAAAUGACCACAUUCCCAUUGGAGACGAUUUUAAAGUCAAUUGAACCUGUUUAUUUUUUUGACAACAAAAGAAAUACUGCUAAAAGACUAUAUGAUGGUGACGAGUUAAAUAAUGAAUUUGCUGUUAUUCGUGAAAAUAGUUGUACACCCACUAAUGAAACGGUACAAAAUUGUUCAUACAUUAUACUUUCACACGAGUUUAAACCAAUAGAUCAAUUUCUUCAGAUCAAAUUAACUAGUCUACAAUCUACUGACUUAUCUCAAACUGAUGUACUAAAUCAAAUGAUCUCAACAAUAGAAUAUUUGAAAGAUGAAUAUUUUUUACAAGCCCUAUGGUACAUAGUAGAAUCAGUCUUACCAAAAAUUGACAUUACAGAAAUACAAGCAUUUCCACUUAUACGGAUUGUAAGAUUAUUUGGAGAACGUUUACUUUCAAAUCAAAAGUUUGAUCGAAAUGAAGUGGUCUUAGUAAUUGUUUCAAAAUUUUUUAUAUUUUUGAUUCCACAUUUGAAAGAUUUAGGAAAUGACUCGCUAACAAAGGACAGCUCAGACAUUAUUAAUUGGUUAUAUGCACUUGGUAAUAAACUUCUAAUCAACACAGAAAUUGCAUCCCUUUUUUAUUUGAAGUUUCUUAUAACUUAUUCACAGUACAAUGAUGAAAACAUAAUAUCUCAACUAUCUUUGAGAAAUGAAAUAUUUCAUAAAUUUCAAAAUUCAACUAACAAUAUUAAGAUUAAUACAUCUGAUCAGUUCUAUGAGAAAAUUCAAACUUUAAAUUCCACUUUGCAAGAAGAUACUUAUUCUAGGUUGUUUGAUUCAUUUACAAAUGCUCAGUCUGGUCAAGAAAAUGCUGCAACGUUUAUUUUGUUUUUUUCAAUCUUGGCUAAUUCAUCAUCGGUGGUCCUAAGGUUCGUAAUAUUUAAUUUGACUGAAUAUUCUAGAUUCAAAUUUAUGAUUUCUUAUUUGGAGAAAGGUUUUGACAAGAUUUGUUCAGAAACAAAUUUGAAAAGCUCGAAAGACUUAUAUAAGUUGGUAAAAAUAGAUUUGUUAAGAAGUUGGUGGAAUUUUAAUUCAUUCGAUUCUUUCCCAGUGGAGCUAUUCAAAUAUAGUAAUUUCAACUCGUUCAUAUUUGAGAAUUAUAGAGACAUGGUGGCGGUUAUUGUUUCAACUAGACUGCAACUGCAGCAACACAGUGCUGAUCUGAUCACACUCCAAAACAUUGCUAAGGUAAAGGAGACAAAGGUUGAAGGAAUUAUUGCAGAAAGUUUAUCAAAAAUAAUACCACUUAGUUACUCAAGAGACGGUAUUAAAAAUAAAUGCUUCGAGGUUUUGAAUGGUUAUUUGCCGAACUUAAAAGAAGAAAUGAAAAAUCAGCUUCCAUUAAUUGUAUUAGAAAUCAUAAUCAAUGCGGUAGUGACAAAAGAAAGUGACUUGAAAAGAUAUUCAAAAGACACUGAACAGAUGGUCCAUUUAAUUGCAGAGGAGUCAAUUGCAAUUGAAAUUCAUUCCAGACUGUCAAUCUCACUCAAUUCAAGUAUGGAUCUAAUCACUCGAAUUAUUCAAAAGUUUCACAACGAAACCAGUCCUUUUUGGUCUUCUCAAAUGAUAUACUUUUUGAUACGAAGAGUUGGACUUUUAUUCGAAAAACAUAGCGGAAUAAUCGAGAGACAACUUGUGUUGAGACAGAUCAAAUUAAUUCUUUUAAUUGCGGGUAAUGAUUUAUUGUCGUUGGAUGUUGUGAACUUAUUAAUAUCGAUUUUGUCACCCUUGUUGAAAGAUGGUAACUUUUCCACUGAUGUUAUGAGGGUUUUCUCAUCCUUUCAAAAUUUGUAUGCGGUCGAUUUAGUUUAUUCAAAGUCUUUAGAUGCUGUUAACGCUAUGGUAGUUGCAUUGUUUGAAGCAUUAAAGAACGAUUGGAAUUUAAACUUUUCCUUCAAUACUUUGAUGAGACAAUUAAGCAGUUUUGUUGAAAAGGCGUAUACGAAAGGAAAAAGUUCAUCAAAAUUAGAUCUUGUUAAUGCUGGUAUCAAAUUGCUACAGAAUGAAGAAACUCAAUUUCAAAUUUCGAUUAUCGAAGAUUGUCUUAAGAUGCAUUGCGGUUUUGAUUGGAUUAAGCUUUGUUCAUUUUGUUUUGAUUUAGUUGAUGAUUCAAGGUCCUUCAUAUCCAAUCCUUAUGUAAUUAAGAAAUUAUUACAAAUUAGUGACUCAAAUAUGAAAAAAUUAUCUGUUCCGUUUAAAGUUUGGAUUUCAAAAUGUUUGUCCAGUCAUUACGGGAAUGCUGGUUCUAAAAAUCAAUUACUACUUAAUGAACACUUGGAAUACAAAGGUCCUUCUGAAAAGUAUUUGAAGUCCCAUUAUUUUGAAUAUGCAUUGGAAAAAUUAAUUGAAGUAAGCAAAAGUAGUAGUGCUAAUGAUGCUGCUUGUGCAGAAGCGGUAUUGGGAGUUUUGCUUGAAAGACAUCUUAAUGCAACAAAAGAAUUAUCAAAUUUGGUUAGAUUGAACUCCAUACUCGAACCUUUGAAAAGUUAUAUAUUACCAUUAAAAUUAUCAACUUGUGUUUUAUUAAAUGAUGAAUCAGAAGUUCAAUAUCUUGAUUACAGUUUGCAAGGUAUAAUUGAAGAUUUUGAGACCUUUUACGAGAUAAAUCGGGAAAAAUGGUGCUCAAAUAUAUACUUGGCAAUUUUAAAAGAGGUUGCAACUUACACAUCAUUGGGGUCGAUAAUAAGCACUUUCUCAAUUCAAGUGCCAGAAUUUGCUGCUUCUACUAUUCCAUCUUUAAUUUGUUUGUACUUGCAGCUUGGGGAAGUUAAAGCGGAAGAGCAAGUGGUGAUUGUUUUAAAUUCGUUCCCUAAAUUGAAAAAUAUUGAUCAGGCAACAAAGCAUAUCCUUUUAAAAAUAAUUCAAAGUAUACGAAUCGCUGCAAAAACUUCAAAUUUCAAACGCUUUUCCAAUGUUCUUUCCAGGAUUGAUCUUUUAGAAUUUUUCAAAAUGGCAGCAGAACUGAAAUUGUACAAAUUUGCAUACAUGAUAUUUGAAGAUAUAUACGCCGGUACUGAAGACUCUACUGAAUAUUUACAAAAUCAUUAUUCGAGUUUGCAACAAGUUUAUGAAAAUUUAGAUGAAAAUGAUUUAAUAUAUGGUUUGCCAGAAAAGACAGGGUUGGAUCAGACACUAAAAAUGAUUGCUAAUACAGCUUCAUCAGAAGUUCAAUUUCAAUACAGUAGUGCAUGUUUAGAUACGAGUUUAAAGCUUAAUUCAAGAGAUCUCAAUGACAGUUUAAUUGCUUGCAUGUCGAAUACUGGUUUGUUAGGUCUUUCUCAAAUCAUCAACAAGAAUUACAUUGGUGGUGGUGAUAAUUCUUUCGAGUGGAGCUGGAAAUUAUCACAAUGGAAUCAUCCUGUACCAAUUAAUCCCAAAGAUGAAAAUGAAAUAAUAUACAAAGUUUUAAAGCAAAUUCAUGAUUUCCCACUGGAUCAAAGAUCAAUAUGUGAUAAAUCAAUUUUAGAGAUAAUGAAUGAUAACAGGGAAUUUCAAAAUGAAGGUGCUAAAGAACACAGGGAGAGGGAUUAUAAAUGGCUCAAAUCUUUAGCAACAGUAUCUAGUGUAAAGGGCAUAAUUUGUAAUGAAUCCUAUGAAUCACAACGCUUAAUUGAACAUCUGGAUUUCAGCAUGUUUGAAGACUUAAUUCUAGCAAAGCAAGCAACAUUUCAAAUCUUAGCACAACAACAAGAUUCAACUACCGACAAUCCAGAUAAAUUAUGGUCGUCUGCUUGUAAGGAACUAGUAGACUAUAAUAACUUAGCCAGAAUUAAUAAUCAAAACCAAAAAAUGAUAUCCUCAAUGGUGAUGAUUGAUUCAAUAUGUAAAAAACUACAAAAUUCUCGAAAUCCAGAGCAUCAAAAUAUGACAAAUUUAUCAUUAUUCCAAGCAGCCCAAUCAAUGUGGAAACAAGGUAAUACUAAUGCUCCUGUUUUAAUGUUGAAAGAAUUAUAUAAUGCUGGUGGAGUAGAUAUUAAUGAUUCUCAUUUAAAAACUGAUAAAUUUUUGAUUAAAGCUAUGAUGGUUAAAUGGAUGGCUGAAUCACGUCAAGAAUUAGCUUCAACUUUAAUGGAAAGUCAAGUUUUACCAACUGCUGAAAAGGCUUUAAUACUUAAUGAACCUUUGCAACAAUCAAGAAUAUUUAGAUUGUUGGCUCAAUUUUGUGAAACUCAAUAUAAAUCAAAAUCACUAAGUGAACAUAUUGAAGGACUUGAAAAAAGAGUAAAUGAGAAACGUGAUGAGAUAGAGGAAUUAAGAACACAUUAUCAAAAUAAGGAUGUUUCUUCAGAUGAAAAAAAGGAUAUCAAUAAAUUUUAUCAUAAGUUGAAGGUAAUGUUAGCUGCAGAAGUGGCUGAUUUGAAAUAUGCAUCUGACAAUAGGAAACAAUUCUCAGUUAAAGCGGUUGAAUAUUAUCUAGAAAGUAUGACAUUUGAUGAUUUCCCUGAACAAGAUUUGGAUAAAUUUUUUGCAUUAUGGUUGGAACAAUCAAAUGAUGAUCAAUUAAAUAUUGAAAUUGAAUCAAAAUUAUUAGCUUUACCAUCAUAUAAAUUAUUAAGUUGGUGUGCUCAAUUGAUGUCCAGAUUAUCAAAAGAAAACACUCCAUUUCAAUCAAUUUUGAAAAAGUUGAUACUACAAAUGUGUAUUGAUCAUCCUCAUCAUUCAUUAUAUUUAUUAUAUUCUUUGAAGAAACAACUAAAUUUUGCAAGAAAAGAUAGAAAUAUAUUACUCGAAUCGAAAGCAUUAUCAGCUGCUGGUAUAUGGAGUGAACUAACUGAGCAGAAUCAGGCAUAUGUGCAAGAUAUUUUAAUUCCAAUCGAAAUAUUUAGUGAAGAAUGUAUCAAAUUGGCUGAGCAUAAAGUAAGUAAAAGCAAAGUUAUGAAUUUAGAUAAAUUAAGUUUUGGAAAAUAUUGGUUAAAAGAGUUACCCACUAUACCUCCACCUACAAAAAGUUUAAAAAUCGAUCCAACUAAGAAAUAUGAAAAUGUACCAGUACUAAAUAAAAUAGAAAAUAAAUUAAUUUUAGCUUCAUCAGGUUUAAGUUUACCAAAAAUUGCAACUUUUUCAUUAUCAGAUGGUUCUACUCAUAAAAUAUUAUUAAAACAUGGUACAGAUGAUUUACGUCAAGAUUCAAUUAUGGAGCAAGUAUUUGUUAAAGUUCAACAUAUAUUUGCAAAAGAUAAAGAAUGUAAUAAAAGAAGUUUAUCAAUCAGAACUUAUAAUGCAAUACCAUUAGGUCCAACUUCAGGAAUAAUUGAAUUUGUGCCUAAUUCAACUUCAUUAAUUGAUGUUAUAAGACCAUAUCAUUUAAAAUAUGAUCAAUUAAAAAUUGAAAAAGCAAGAGAAAUUAUGAAAUUAGCUCAAAAUAAAGAUAAACUUGAAAGAUUACAUGAAUUUCAAAAAAUUGAAAAUAAAAUUAAACCAGUUUUAAGAUUAUUUUUUCAAGAUAAUUUUCUAACAUCUGAUAAAUGGUUUGAAAGUAGAAUUAAAUAUACUCAUGGUGUUGCAACAACUUCAAUUGUUGGUCACAUGUUAGGAUUAGGUGAUCGUCAUUGUAAUAAUAUUUUAUUAGAUAAACAAACUGGUGAACCAAUUCAUAUUGAUUUAGGAGUUUCAUUUGAUCAAGGAAAAAGUCUUCCUAUUCCUGAAACUGUUCCUUUUAGAUUAACAAGAGAUAUUGUUGAUGGUUUUGGAAUAACCGGAGUUGAAGGAGUAUUUAAAAAAUCAUCUGAACAUACUUUAAGAGUCUUGAGAGAAAAUAAAGAUCAUAUAAUUUCAAUUUUAGAUGUUUUAAGAUGGGAUCCUUUAUAUUCUUGGUCUUUAUCACCUUUAAGAAAGAAAAGAUUACAAGAAGAUGAAGCAGGUAUUGAAUUACAACCAGAAAGAGGUGGUUCAGAAGUUGGAAGAGCUGUUUCAACUGUGGCUGAUAAAUUAGUUGCAAAUGGAUUAAGUACUGAAGCAGCAGUUAGAGAAUUAAUUCAAGAAGCUACAAAUUCUCAAAAUUUAUCAUUAAUAUAUUUUGGUUGGUGUCCAUUUUAUUAA